AAUAUCUACCACUAAGUAUCUACCAGUAUAUGUUUUGAGGCGACAAGUGACCAUGAUGGUUUACAUUAGUCUUUGUGAGGUCGACGACAUACCUGGCAUGAUAGUAGUGCUGAAGGGUUCAUCGCACGGCUCGAGACUGAUGGCGGUCAAAAGUCGAGAUGGAAGUUUGAGUGGUCAAUCUUGGGGCGUUGGUGGGAAGGCACAAAAGGGAAACAUACAAGUCCCUUAG